UGACAAGAUUUUGAUGUCUGUUAGCAGGGAUUAAGGAAGGCCAAUCUUGGAGAGCUACAUAAGCAUGACAAACAAAUAACGAAAUAAUUAAAACUGUAUUGGCAAUUAAAAUCAAUACGUCAUAUUAAAGCUAAAAGCUAAGACUUCCAAAAACCUUUUUUCCUAACAUGUUCAUUACCAUUAGAUUAGAUUUUCUUUUCAUAAUAAAGUCAGAUAUAUAGCCGACCAACUCAUAAACCAACUAGCUAAAAACCUAUACCCGAAAACUUCCAACUCUCACCAAUCCGACCUCAAUUUUCAAACCCACAAGCACUCUUUUCUUUACCUUUUUUUUUUCUUUAUUUUUCCCUCAAACUCACGUUUGGUUUUUACCAAGCUUUAAAAUCCACAUAAAUAUAUAUAUUUUGGUCAUCGCUUAGAAUCCCAUAUAAAUAUAAAAGCAGCUUAUUUAUAUACUAGCUUUCCAUUGACUAGCCAACCUCUCCCAUCUAUCUACUCCUCAAACCCAUCAUCAACAUCUAGGCAAAAAAAAAAAAAAAAAAAAAAAAAGGCCUUUUUGUGUUUUUCACAUAGACAUAUUCACAAACAUGAACCACAACAAACAGAUUGCUUAUGUUUUCGCUCUGUCCCUCUUUUCCACAUCACUUGCUGUUCUGGUUAUAGUCCUCAUCCUCGUCAUCGUAUGCAAAAAGAAACCGAUUGAAUCCCAUGAAACCCUUCCGGUCAAGGCUUGUGCUCAUGUAUAUCCGUUGACCAACAUCGACGCUGCCACCGACGGUUUCAACCGCCUGAGAAUCAUUGGCGAAGGCCGGCUUGGAACAGUCUACGCCGCCGUAAUGGAAGGAGGAACAGCCGGCGGUGGUGAACUUGUAGCGGUUAAACGGAUUCAUCCUCGGCUUGUCUUGAGCAAUGCCGGUUUUGGGUUCUCUACAAUACUUAAAUCGCUGUCUUUGGCUCAACAUCCUAAUAUAGUACCGAUCAUAGGUUAUUCGGAAGCGCCGGGUGAGAGAAUCAUAGUUAUGGAGCUUGUUGGGAUGGUGAGCUUGGACUUCUAUUUGCAUCAAAACCCAGAUGGUGGUUCACUAUUGGAUUGGACUAAGCGUUUUCGGAUCGCGGCCGGAGCGGCGAGAGGGCUCGAGUACUUGCAUGAAGGUGUGGCACCAAAUAUAGUUCAUGGUUGUUUGAAGCCUUCAAACAUUAUGAUUGAUGUGAAAUUUUGUGCUAGGAUUUGUGAUUAUGGUCUAUCUUUUAUGGCACCUAGAGAGACGAGAGGGCUAGUGGGGUAUAUGGAUGAUGAGUAUUGGAGUGAAAGAAGGGGUGGUGCUUGCAAGGAAAGCGAUGUUUAUGGAUUUGGUGUGGUUUUGUUGGAGCUUUUGAGUGGUAGGCAAUGUGAACAAGGUUUGCUUGUGAAAUGGGCAUUGCCUUUGAUCAAACAAAUGAGGUUUGAUGAGCUUUUAGACCCUAGACUUGUUGUUCCUUGUGAUAUUAAACAUAUUGUUAGGUUGGCUAAAGUUGCUUCCGCUUGUGUUGGUAAUUCAAGAAAGAGUAGGCCUUGUAUUGGUCAAGUAGUAGCCAUUUUGAACACUUUGGAGAUCGAGGUAUGUUCUUGAGUAAUUAAAUUUAAUAUAUCGUGAAUACAUAUUAAACUAUCUGUACAGUCAGCUUUUGAAUGCUAAAACGAUAAGAGCAGCGUUCAAUGACUAAAGGAAAAGAAAUGGGAAAUUUUGGUGGGUGAAUUUUGGUUUUUUUUCAAGAAUUUGUAUAAAUUUAUAUAUAUGUAACAAAGUUUUGAGCUAUGUAAAUUAAGGAGACAUAUUUGGUGGAUUUGGAGAAAAGGAAGGAACGCUGAAAUGGAGAGGUAUGGCGGUGGGUUUGUCAUGUUGGGGCGGUAGAAUUCAAUUUUUUGGGGUUCCGUGUUGGACUGGGGAUCUUUUUGGUGCUUGAAAGGGACUCAAUUUCUUAUUUUUAUAAUUUUCCUUUCAAUUCGAUUAUAUAUGUUAUUGUAUUUAUUCGUUUUUUGUUUUGUCAUUGCCACCUCAUUUGACAUUUCAUCUUUUCUAAAUCAUUUUACGUAUGAUUAUUGAUUUUCUAUCAUAUUUAUGUUGGA